CGCCACAGCCACGCAAAUUUCUAAACUGAUAUUUGCAAAUUUGCAGAUUUAACUAGAAAUACUGUAUGUUAUUGUAAUUGUUCUAUUUGCUACAUAAAACAGAAACUGCAAAAUGUCGUUUGAAGAACACCAAGUAAAGCGUAGAAGGCUGAGUGAAAAUGGUUCAGAACUUAAACAGCAAGAAGACUUCAGCUCUCAUGAGCCACCCCAUGAAAGGCCAGAUAGGGAGAAUAAAUUUUCACGAGAGCGCGAAAUGGCGGACCAACCAAAUAAAGUUCUCCUGUUCACUGUGGUCAAUGCAGUUUACCCAAUCACCACGGAUGUUUUGCACAUGAUAUGUGAACCAUGCGGAGAAGUCCAAAGGAUUGUUAUAUUCAGGAAACGUGGAGUGCAAGCCAUGAUUGAGUUCGGUUCAAUCCAAGAUGCACAGCGGGCAAAAGCUUCGCUAAAUGGAGCCGACAUUUACUCUGGUUGUUGCACCUUGAAGAUUGAAUGGGCAAAGCCAGCAAGAUUAAAUGUUUAUAAGAAUGAUGAUGAAACUUGGGACUACACAGGAGCUGUUGACGAACCCAACAUGCCAAUGCAGCAACCUGCAUUACUGGGCGACGCCCCUGCUGGUUUCUCCAACCCACCACCUUAUAGAACAGGGCAAAGGAUGCCGGUCCCUGCACAGCGUGGAAGGGGAGGUAUGAGGGGAAGACCUCCGGUGUUGCAUGCUAGACCCCGCAGACCAAAUCCUCCUCUGAUGAAUACAAAUGUUCAUCAGAUGCCAAACGAAUACAUGGGGGAGGACUAUGGGCCCCCCAUGGAUGGCAACACAACAGUUCUCAUGGUUUACGGACUUAACCCUGAAAAAAUGACUUGCGACCGAGUUUUCAAUAUUUUAUGUUUGUAUGGCAAUGUUAUGAAGGUGAAAUUCUUGAAAAGCAAACCAGGAACAGCCAUGGUACAGAUGGGAGAUCCAAGUGCAGUAGGGCGGGCAAUUUCAAAUCUAUCAGGAAUGAAAUUUUUUGAUGAGAAACUUGUACUUGCACCAUCAAAGCAACUUUAUCUAACGGACACUGGACCAGUUGGUGACCUCCCUAAUGGAACGCCUGCUCAAGUAGAUUUUGGAAACUCAAGAAACAACAGGUUCCAAACCAAUGAACAAGCUGCUAAGAACCGAAUACAGAACCCAGCCAAGGUAUUGCAUUAUUACAAUGCUCCACUUGAGUUAAAUGAGGAAAAAAUGAAAGAGAUAUGCCAAGAGUUUGAUUUGGCACUUCCUGUCAAGUUUACUCCAUUUAAGACAAGAAGUGAACGCAGCUCAUCUGGUUUAAUGGAGUUCGAUACAAAAGCUCAGGCCAUGGAAGUAUUGACGUAUAUCAACCAUUAUAAACUGGAUAAUCCAGCCGGCAGAUUCCCUUACAUACUCAAGCUUUGUUUCUCAACUGCUAGCACAGCAACCCGAGACUGAAUAGAAUAACAAGGCUGUAAAUAGAUGAUUCAGAAUGAACUUUGACCAACUUUCAACUGUUGCAGCACCAAUUUGCCGACGGUGCAAAACUUUGUGUCGUAUUGCUCAGUAAUUAAAAAUGUUUGUUUUCAAAACAUUUCAAAUAAAGAACUUUAAUGUA